AUGGCUGGUCUCCGGGGUUUCUUCCUUCUUUUCAUCUUCCUGGUCCUGGCAGUCUUAUAUGCUGCCGCCAACAGCGCCCCCAACGAAACUAAGCCCGAGCAGGACAUCCCUCAACGUUGUAUCGACAACAGUAAGACGCCCGUGUCCUGUAAAGAUGUUGACAACGAGGACGCCCUAGCGCCACAUCCCGAUGACUGUGAAUUGUUCUAUUACUGCGUUUCUCCGGACAGUGAGCCCGUGUGCAGACAAUGCCCGGCCAAUCUACACUUCAACCCUAUAAAGAGAGUCUGCGACAACCCUGAAGACGCGGGCUGCGAAGCUUCUGGUGAUGAACCAGAAGAACCUUCUGAAUAG